AACCAGCUAUUGUAUAUAUUUCGUUGACCAAACAACCUUGCUUUAGGUAACUAAAUUUUUGUUUUUAUUGAUUUAUCAUCAUUCUAAUUGCUAUACCAAGUGAGCAUUAACUCUGAAUUUGAUAAAUCCAAUCUUUAUACAACACAAGACAUUCUACAAACGAAUAAUUUUGCAAGAGAAUAGAAAGGAAACAGUUGAGUUUGUUUAUCGAAAAUGAGCACCUUUGCCUACUUUAAGAUCAGCAUUGACAAGAAGGUCCAACCAACAGUUUAUUUCGAGUUGUUCGAAAACGUUGUCCCAAAGACCGUUAAAAACUUUGCUUCACUUUGUGAUGGAUUUGAAAGAGAUGGCCGUAAACUUACUUAUAAGGGAUCCCGUUUCCACCGUGUCAUCAAGCAAUUUAUGCUUCAAGGUGGUGACUUUACGCGUGGUAAUGGAACUGGCGGAGAAAGCAUUUAUGGUGAAAAAUUCGAAGACGAAAACUUUGAAUUAAAGCACGAUAAGCCUUUCUUGUUGUCAAUGGCCAAUGCCGGACCAAACACCAAUGGCUCUCAAUUUUUCAUUACUACCGUUCGUACUCCUCAUUUGGACGGUAAGCACGUAGUCUUUGGUCGAGUUGUUGGUGGAAAGUCUACUGUUCGUGCUAUUGAAAACUUGGAAACUUCUAGCGAUGACCCAGUUGUCCCAGUUGUCAUCGAAGAGUGUGGCACUUGCAGUGAAGAGCAAAUUGAACCCCCUCAGCCUGAUGCAACCGGCGAUGCUCUUGAAGAGUACCCAGAUGACUAUGAGGGUGACAAGUCUGAGACUGCUGUAUUCAAGAUUGCUGGUGAUUUAAAGAAAAUUGGUAAUACCCAAUUUGCACAACAGAAUCUUGACUUGGCUGUUGCCAAAUGGCAAAAGGCUUUACGUUAUCUUGCUGAGCAUCCCGUUCGUAAUGAUGACACUCAGCAGCCUGACAAGUUUUGGCAAGAAUAUUUCAGUUUGAAAUACAGUCUUUAUCUCAAUAUUGCUCUUAUUGCUUUGAAGCAAAAUAACGCCAAAGAGGCUAUUCGCAAUUCCGAUAUUGUUGUGAAUGCCGACGGUGCUACUGAAUUGGAAAAGCAAAAAGCUUACUACCGUCUUGGUAGUGCUCAUGGCAUCUUGAAGAACUUUAAUGAAGCAGAAGAAUUUUUAGGAAAAGCCGGAAAUGAUGCUGGCGUUGCAAAGAAACUUGCUGAAGUUCGUCAACAAAAGCAAGAUUACAAGAAGCGUCAACAAAAGGCUUUCUCUAAAAUGUUCCAGUGAAUUAUCGUAUUAAAAUGUAACGCAGCAGGGUCUCGAGCCUAAGGCUAGUAAUGGUUUAUGUUAAUAGUAUAUUUUUUAUUACUCUGGAUUUCUCUUUAUGCUACAUGAUGUUCAGGCGAAUAUAAUUAUGAAUGUAUGUCGGUUAUAUGGAAUUACUGAUGGGAGUAGCUAAGGAAAGAAUGUGAAAGACUACGAAUAUGAAUACAAGUAGACAAAAGAGAGGAAAAAAAUGUCCUAAUAAAACUUGGAAUUGUUCGCUAGUACAUGGUAGAUGGAUUCAAAUUGUUUCUGUAAGACGCC